AUGGCAGUGUUGGAAUACGAUUCAGAAGAAGAACAAGAGCUAACCGAGAAGGAACGUCAGGUAAGAUAUCUGAGCUAUAACUAUGGUAUUUUUAUAGGAGAUUGAACGCAAAAGGAAGAAGAACAAGAAGAAGAAGGAAUCUAAAAAGAGGACAAAGAAUCAACCGCUCGAAACAGCUAACGUCAAUGGAGAAAAGAACAACGACGACGAGAUUAAGAUUGAAGUUGAGUAUGUUCCGGAUGAGAUUGACAUUCCCAAAGAAGUAUUUGGAGAUUUUGUGAAUGUUUUCAACAGAUUUAAGGUAUAGUUUUGUAAUUCAAAUUUUUUUUUACAUUUAGAAGGGAGAAAUUUUUGUUGAUGUGUAUAAUUUAGGCAUUGUGGUAAUUUUGAAGUUGUCGGAGAUAUUUUUGUAGUGAGUAUGUAAAAUAUUGUAUUUUAGACGACAGAAACAGAAGAAGUGAAAGAAGAACUAGUAAUUGAUGAACCUAAACUUCUGGAUUCUAAUACGAUAGAUUCUUUUAACAAAGCAGCUAUCUCUGAACAGAUUCUUCAAGAUGAGAUGAAAGAAAAGAAGGUAUGUUGAUUUUGUUUUUGUAUUUAAUAAUUUUAGAAAGAAGAAGGAGAUGUGGAAAGUCUAAGCAGAAAGAAGUUGAGGCUCAGUAUGCAGCCUUCUAUUGCCGAACUUAAAGCUGUAAGUUUUUCUAUCGAUUUACUUGAUGAAUUUAUCUUUACCGCUUCAUAUUUUAUUGAACUUUGCAUAGGUAAAUUUUAUUUUAAACUUAUGGUUUAUUUCUUCUCACAUUGGAUAGUAACUUUGAUAGUCUUUGUUUAGAAUACUACGAGACCAGACGUGGUAGAAUGGGCUGAUGUGACUUCGCGUGAUCCACAUAUUCUUGUUCAUCUUAAGGCUUAUCGCAAUACUGUUCCAGUGCCACGACAUUGGAAUGCCAAACGAAAGUACUUGGCGGGAAAAAGAGGAUUUGAACGUCCACCAUUUGAAUUGCCAGAUUUCGUUAAGAGAACUGGAAUCAUGGAAAUGAGAGAGACUAUGUGGGAGAAGGUAACACUUUAAACGUUUUUUGUAAGAAAUUUUGUUAAUGCUUAAAUGUUGGUAAACGUUUAGGUUGGUUUGCCGAUUAAAGCGAUUCCAAUUUAAAAGUAAAUAGGAUUUUACAAACUGAAAUUUAUUCACGGAACGAUAAGUAUUUUAAUAAUUAUUAAUAAAUUUUGCUUUAAUCAUCAACAUUCAGGAAGGUGAACAAACGCUGAAGAGUAAAAUGAGAGAAAGAAUGCGGCCGAAAAUGGGCAGAAUUGAUAUCGACUAUCAGAAGCUGCACGAUGCCUUCUUCAAGUGGCAGACGAAACCAGAAAUGACUGUAAUGGGAGAAUUGUACUAUGAAGGUAAAGAGAUGGAGACUCAGAUGAAGGAAAAGAAACCGGGAAUUUUGUCAGAUGAACUCAGAAUUGCCUUGGGUAUGCCUGUUGGGCCUACAGCCAACAAAUUCCCUCCACCAUGGUUGAUUGCUAUGCAGCGUUACGGUCCCCCACCAUCAUAUCCUAAUUUGAAGAUUCCUGGGUUGAACUGUCCCAUUCCAGAAGGUUGUUCGUUUGGGUAUCAUGCUGGUGGAUGGGGGAAACCCCCGGUAGAUGAGACUGGCAAACCUGUUUAUGGUGACGUCUUCGGAUUAACUGUAAGUUUAUGUCUAUUUUUGAAGUUUGAAACGGAAAAAAACGUGAUAUUUACGUUGGAAUGAAUUUUUUUUUAAAUUAAGCAUGCUUCUUGAGUUGAAAUCUGAAUUCCAAUGAUUGUUUUAGGCUCCAGAAAACAUAGAACCAGAAGACGAAUCGAAGAUUGAACGAGUUCAUUGGGGAGAAAUCGAGAGUGAUGAAGGAGAAUCAGACGAGGCUAGUGAUGUUGAGGAAGAUGAAAACGAGCCAAUGGAAGAUGACGAUGGUUUGGCUACACCAAUGCCUGAAGGCACAGUGACUCCAAGUGGCGUGUCUAUGAUGUCUGGAAUGGAAACUCCAGAAUCCAUCGAAAUCAGAAAGGCCAGAGAUGAUGCGUAAGUUUACUUUGAUAUAUUGUAAUUGUCGGACUGUAUGGUAGCAUAAUUACGUUUUAAAACUACGCAUUUAUUGGUGUUUAAUGGCUGAUAUAUUAGGGCUAGUGUAUCUGGAAUAGAAACUCCAGUCAAAGCGCUAGGGCAGCUCUACACAAUAUUGCAAGAGAAGAAGGUGGACAAGUUUGGAAAGGACAUUAUGGGAUCUACACAUGUUUACGAUCUUUCUGUAAGUACUAAUCUCUUUCUCAAAGUCAUCCUUUUACUUCAGUUUAUAUACAAAGUUUAGACAUCUUUUAACUUUAUACAUUUGUUAAAGUAAAAAUUUCAGAAGAAGAGUAAAGUAGACGGUAUAGAAAUAUCAUUGAAUCCAGAAGAAUUAGACUUGGGCGACAAGAAACAUCUAGAAGAGAGAUACGAAGAACAAUUGAGGAAACAAGCAGUACCCAAGAAUGACGACAAGGAAGAGGAGGAAGAAGACUUUUCUGAUAUGAUUGCUGACCAUUCUAGAGUAAGUUCUCGUAACAUACUCGUAAUAUUUUCUUUCAAAGACAGAUGUUAUGUUGUUCAUUGUCAUUUAACAAUUGAUUAACAAGUUCACUUUCAGCGCAAACGAAAGGCCGAACAGAAGAAGAUCGCGGCCAACGAGAAGAAGAAGCACAAAGACUUCAAGUUUUAA